AUGUCCCACCGCGCCUCUCCCCAACUAGCCGCCGGAUCUGCCGACGAUUCCUUGCUUGUCGACCGCCUGCUGGAUUCGGAGCCCCGCCACGCGCCCCGACCCGACUACGUCCGUCUCUGCCGGAGCCGCUCCGGCCUCCGCACUUCUCGCCAGGACGCCAUCAACUCUAUCCUCCAGGUUCAUUCACAUUUUGGAUUCAAACCGGUGACUGCUUUUCUCUCCAUCAGCUACUUCGAUCGAUUUUUAUCCUCUCGUCCUCUGCCGGAAAUCGGAUGGGCAUUUCAGCUUCUGACGGUGGCGUGUUUGUCUCUGGCGGCGAAAAUGGAGGAAUCGUGCGUCCCGCUGCUUUUGGAGCUACAAGCUCUUGAGCCGACGUACGUUUUCGCGCCGGAGACGGUGCAGAGAAUGGAGCUUUUGGUGCUGGCGACGCUCAAGUGGAAUCUACGCUCCGUUACUCCGUUUGAUUUCCUCCAUUACUUCGUCUCCGUGCUCCGGCCGUCUGCCUCCGGCUUAGAUUCAGUUUCCGCCAUUAAUGGCCUCGCUUCCAGUAUUAUCCUCAAGACCACCCGUGUGAUAGAUUUCCUCGGAUUUCCACCGUCGGUGAUCGCCGCAGCCGCCGUGAUUGCGGCCGCCGGCGGUGGUGUGAGCCUGCCCGACGCCAUCGAUGCGAGGAUAAGCAGGGAAAUGGUGAGGAGCUGUCUUCAACUCAUGGACGAAUACCUUUUCGACGCGUGUCCAUCCAAAGUACUGAGCAUCGAGCCAGUCGCCCCGCCGAGUCCGCUUGGCGUCCUUGACGCGGCGGCUUGUGCCAGCUGUGAAUCCCAUGCCGAGAAUCUAGCCUCGGUUUCGGGCUCGGGAUUCGGCUCGGAGGCCGACCGAGAAAACAAGCGGCAGAGAUCAUCUGAGCCGGAUGUACAGGAAUAG